GGCAGCAUCAACAACAGCAGCAGCAGGCGUGUAGGAGUCAGCUGUGUUGUUUGUUAAAUUAUGUCUGUUCCUUUAAUGUGCCGCGACGUGUAAUUGAAUCGGAAUAGGAAGUGAAGCUUCCCUGUCUUGCCUCGUUCAAAAUGUCUUCGGCGGUACACGACGAAACCUCCAGUCAGCUUAAUAAGUUUGAGAAACUAUCAUGGUGGCCCUCCAGUCGAGAUUCAGGUUUCAAAAAACGGGCACGCUGGCUCCAGGCGAGGCGCAUCUUUUCUCAGGCGUCCCCCAACCUGCGCAUUCCCAACAGGUUUCUAAGAGAAGGACCCUGUGUGCCCUCAGCCCGCAGUGGACACCGCUGUGUGGCCGACAGCACCAACCUGUAUGUGUUUGGUGGCUACAACCCGGACUUUGAGGAAGCAGGUGGGGCGGAAAAUGAAGACUAUCCACUCUUCAGGGAACUUUGGAGGUUUCAUUUUGCUACAGCAACCUGGCACCGCGUUCAGACGGAGGGCUACAUUCCUACUGAGCUCGCAUCAAUGUCGGCUGUCUUCCAUGGCAACAACCUGCUUGUGUUUGGCGGCACUGGGAUUCCAUUCGGUGAAAACAACGGCAACGACGUCCACGUUUGCAAUGUUCAGUACAAACAAUGGAACCUACUCCCCUGCCGAGGGACGAAGCCCAACAAGAUCUACGGCCAGGCGAUGGUCAUCCUAAAUGGCUACCUGUACGUUUUCGGAGGGACAACAGGUUACCUUUACAGUACCGACCUGCACAGGCUGGACCUCACAACCAAAGAAUGGAUCCACCUCAAGCCGAACAAUGCACCCACGGAUCUCCCCGAGGAGAGGUACAGACAUGAGCUGGCUCAUGAUGGAACAAGGAUAUACAUUUUAGGAGGCGGGACUUCCUGGUCAUCAUAUCGUUUGGACAAGAUUCAUGCGUACAACUUGGAGACUAACUACUGGGAGGAAAUAGUCACCAAACCCCAUGAAAAACUAGGAUAUCCUGCUGCCCGCCGCUGCCACAGCUGUGUGCAGGUCCAAGAUGAGGUGUUUAUAUGUGGCGGCUAUGACGGUCAGCUGAUCAUGCCCGACUUAUGGAAGCUCAACCUUCGCACUUUCCAGUGGACCAAGCUGCCCACCAUCAUGCCAGAGCCCGCCUACUUCCACUGCGCCGCCGUGACGCCGGCGGGGUGCAUGUAUGUCCAUGGCGGCGUGGUCAACAUGUCUGGCAAUCGAAGGACGGGCUCGUUGUACAAAGUGUGGCUGGUGGUGCCCAGCCUGCUGGAACUGGCCUGGGAGAGACUGCUGAAGAUGCUGCCUCAUUUGGCACAGCUCUCCACGCUGCAGCUGCUCGCCAUGGGACUGCCACACACACUCAUUGAGCGACUCAAGUAGGUGGAGUUCACACCUCAGGGUGCUCAGUGAUUGGUCAGCCUUGCAUGGACUUGGGUUUGCGGUUCUGAAGAUCGCCUUCAAGGAUUACAGUCUAAACUUUUUUUCUUUUUUUUUUCCAUUUUGUGAAUGUGUUUUUGUUAGACAUCUGUGUAGUAUGUCACCCUCAGAUGAGCCGUUUAACAUUUUUUAAUCUAAAAAAACAAACAAAGGCUGAGUGUGCCCGUACAGCCUUGUAUAAUACCAUUUUUAUGGCGUCACAACUCGUUUGCAUUGAACAAACUGACUUCAUGUUUAAUGUUGCACUAACAAAAACAAAAUAUGAAGUCACUUAAGUCAUGCAAAAAAAAAUCCCUAAACAGUUGAAGUUUUUGGUGUAUUGCAUGCCAUCACUGUGACUUUUCCAGUGCCUCCUUUUUACAGUUGUAUUUUACACCAUAAAUUAUAAAAGAAUAGACAUGUAGCUUCACACCAGUCCUUCAUCUUUUUAAUUGGUGCCUUUUUAAAUGCUCUAAAUCCACCCUGAACUGUGCGCAUUGUCAUGAUUUACUUGGUGCUGGAAGCCAGUCAAAAGGUUUUCUUGAGUUGUUUUAAUCACUGUGCUGCUGUUUUUACUUUGACAUGACACUUUUGAGAGGUUUUUUUUCCCCCGUACCUAAUUUUGUCACUUCAUGCCUGAACGCCACAACGUGUACACAUGAUUUUAUUAUUUAUAUUUUUGUGCCACUGUACUUUAUUUAAGCAGUAAAAAGGUACUGUUUGAAAAGCACACAGCAUCUUGUGUAAUUCAACAUUUGUGUAACACCGAGACCAUUUUCACAUUGACACUUUACCGUGCUUGUUAAUAUGAAGCAACGUCUCCUUAAAGUAUGUUCCGACCAGGCCUUGCUUGAGAUAGAUGAUUAUAUUUGUGAAAUGAUCUCUCCUGCAUGUCCGCAUGUCGCUGUACUGUAUGUGAAUGUCUCCUCAAAGGCACAUUUAAUCAUAAUGUACAUUUUUUAAAUUCCUGUCUGUGCAAUAAAACUCAGGCAGACAUUUUUUCCAAAUAUUUGUAUCAAGGAGUUGUAUUUGUACACACAAACUAUUUUCCUAAAU